AUGCCGCCCUGGGCAGACGACAUGGGGAACGCUCAGCCUAGGGUGAACCAUCAUCAUCAUCACCAACAGCAACAGCAACUACAGCAUCAGCAGCAGCCUCAGCAGCAGCGCAGCGGCAGGGGUCGCCGAGAGUCGUCAGUGGACCUGGCCGCUGUGACCGAAGCCCACGGUCUCGUGUCGGACAUGCUGGCCGACCCCGAGUUGCCGCCCCACAUCAUCUCGGGGCUGCGCACCCUCUCUUCCCUCCUCUCGCCCACCCCCGCCGCCUCCUCCUCCUCCUCGUCGUCGUGCUGCGCCCCACCCCGUCUCCACCACCGGCGGUCGCCCCAGCGCCGGAAAGGGAGCCUCAUUCUGCCCUACUUCCGGUCGACCUCGGACAACGAGGAGAUUCCCUUCACGGGGGAAAGGCCCUCGGCCUUGCCCAAGCGACUGCGCAAAAAUCUCCCCCCGAGCCUGUUGAGGCGCAUGUCUACAGCCACGUGGACGACCACGACAUCGGCAACGGGGAUGCCUACACUAGAGCCUGAACCUCUCCGGAAAAGAAGCACCAGCUUCAGGAAUCUGCAGUCUCCACCACCGACAGCGACUCAGGAAGAACAGCAGCUGUUUCAGCAGGAGCAGCAGAUACCCGAACCCGAACAGGAGAGACAGUUUUCACCCGGCCUGGAAUCGUUGAUCUCAGCCCUCCCAGAACGCCACCUGCCGCCGACGAAAGGGCAGCGUUCCUUCUCGACCACAGCCCUGCCCUCUGACCACCCCCAGCGUCGGAACUCUCGCGAGCGGAAGACAGUGGCCUCUCUCCAUCCCCUGACGCCACACGACGUCCAGUGCCUCACCUCCUUGCACAAGGACGGAGACGAGGAGCAGGAGGAAGAGGAGGAGGAAGAAGAAGAAGUCUCUCCUCCCGAGGAGCAGCCCCAGGCACCCACCAUCAAGGAGGAAGAGGAGGAGGAGGAAGAGGAGGAGGAAUUACCCCCGCUGCCCUCCUUCCGACGCUCCACCGUCAUGACCUCCGACUACGAGAGUAGCAACGACUCGCCCCCUAGCGGGUCUGAAGAAGCCGGGGCGCGGGUGCUCAGGGCGCAUGCCUCGGUGCAGACCUCAAUGUGGGCGGGAAAAGAUCCUUGCGCCCUGUGUGGAAGGACAGCGCCCCUCACGCCUUCGCCACUCACUAUCGCACCACCUGUUAGCCAGAAAGUUGAAACACCGGAAGAGAUAGAAGACGAAGGUAACGUGAUACGGCUGCCUGGCGCUACCUACGAUCUGGAAAUGUUAGCAAACGAUCCUUUGUUGGGCCUUAUCGAUAUUUGGGAUUUUCCAGUCUUCGAUAUGGAGCGGCAGGCCGGCACACUCAUCCUCAGCCAAAUGUGCUACCGUGUGUUCCUAGCGACGGGACUGUUCGAGUCUUUUCGAAUCCCGUUGAACCCUUUCUUUGCCUAUUUCCAUGAGGUUGAGAAAGGGUACAGAGACAAGCCAUAUCACAAUCGUAUGCAUGCCAGCGAUGUCUUACAUGGAGUAUAUUUUCUAAUUUCUCAACCCAUACCAGGAUUUUGCCAAGUAUCAUCGGAAUCAACCGAUUCGCCAUUGCACAGAACACUCAGUGGUCGCGAAGCUCAGGAGAGGUGGCCUCAGUCGAGGCAGGGCACUGUCGACCAGGUGCGGUCGUUCAUCGACGAUGACGACGAUGACGACGAGGACGACGACGAGGAGGAACGGGACGUCUAUGGCGUCAUGGGUGCCAACUUCCCGGCCUUAGAGAUCAUGGCCCUGUAUGCAGCUGCGGCUAUGCACGACUACGAUCAUCCAGGAAGGACGAACGCUUUCCUCGUCGCAACGUUUUCACCCCAGGCCGUGCUGUAUAACGACCGCUCGGUGCUGGAGAACCACCACGCGGCAGCAGCGUGGAGCAUCUUCCUGUCCGACCAGCAGUACAACUGGUUGCGCCACUUGGAUGCGGCAGAGUUCAAACGAUUCCGCUUCCUAGUCAUCGAGUGCAUCCUGGCCACCGAUCUCAAAAGACAUUUCGAUAUACUCGCCGAAUUCAGUGCCAAGAUCACAGACGAGGAGUCUCCUAUGCUAGAUUGGAGCAGUGAAGCAGAUCGACUGCUAGUGAUGCAGAUGGCUAUCAAGUUGGCCGAUAUCAAUGGACCAUGCAAGUGCCGGCAGCUACAUGUGCAGUGGACGCACAGGAUAGCUGAAGAAUUCUACGAACAGGGUGAUGAAGAGCGUUCCUUGGGUCUCCCAAUAUCUCCUUUCAUGGACCGGAGUCGUCCUCAACUAGCCAAAUUGCAGGAAUCUUUCAUAAAUCACCUGGUAGCGCCACUUUGCAGGACCUACGCUGAAGCAGCACUUCUGCCAGGAGUUUGGGUCAGACUGGCCGAUGAUCCCAGUGCGGAAGAGCUAUCAGAGGAUGAUUUGGAUUUGCCUCGUCGAGUGGAAGAAAUUAGAACAGAAGGUAAAGAAAGAAAAGGUCAGAGACGGCGGAAAGCUGUUUUAUGUCAGCAAACCAAAAACUUGCAAGAUAAUUACGACUACUGGAUAGCUGUACUAAGAAGAGAAGAAGAGCAACAAGAAAAGGUAAAAAAAUAUCCCCAAUUCUUUUAACCAUAAAGAAAAUAAGAGCUUUAUUGAAACGAAGCAUUGUUGAAACGAAAAAGAAUGAAAUGAAAUUUGAUUGAUCGAAGAGAAAAUGAAAUUUUCGAUUCCCGAGUGAAUCUAUUAG